GAUGAAGCCGCCAAUGCUGUUAUAGAUUACUCGAUAGGAAGUGGUAACACGAAUGGAGAUUUUAGUGUUGAUACGUCCACUGGAGUUGUCUCAACUAUGAAUACAUUAGACUAUGAAACAUUACAAUCAUAUACCUUAAUAUUACAUGCAGCAGACCAAGGCGCCCCAGCGAUGACAUCAUCUUUAACGCUUAUGGUCACAGUAAGAAAUGUCAAUGAAUUUGCACCAGUCUUUAUACCCACAAAUACAUAUACAACUACAAUCAAUGAAAACGAAGCGUAUGGACAUGCUAUUAUCAAUGUGCUUGCAAAUGAUGGCGAUGGAAACACUGUUAUAUAUGCUAUAAUAUCUGGGGAUCCAGCUGGGCUAUUUGUCAUAGAUUCCGACACAGGGGAAGUCACAUUGAUGGGAAAAUUGGAUAGAGAAACAACAUCAAGCUAUCUAUUAAUCAUCAAAGCUGAAGAUGGGAAUGGAGUGAGUACACUUACUGGAACAGCUACACUUCAUAUUACAAUUAACGAUGAAAACGAUAAUUCCCCGAAAUGUAACCCUGACACGUACAUUAGAUAUCCUGCUGAAGAUGAUUCUAUUGGAACAGCAUUGGCAACUUUACUGUGUACUGACUUUGACGCAGGUGCAAACGCAGAGCUCACCUUCUCUAUUAUAUUAGGAAACACAGGUAGUGACUUCAACAUUAACCCUACGACUGGUAUCAUAUCUCUUGCCAAUACUUUAGAAUAUGACAGCAUCAGUACCCAGGAGUACCAUUUGCUAGUUAAUGUCAUUGAUGGCGGAGUACCCCCAUUAACAGGUACUGCGUCGAUUGCCGUUUAUGUUUCAUCUGUUAAUGAAUUCAAUCCUAUAUUUACUGUCCCAAUUGGUGGGUAUGUAGCAUCAAUUGCUGAGGAUAUUGCAGUUGGAGAUUCUGUAGUAUCAGUAACUGCAACUGACCAAGACCUUGGAGAUGCUGGCAAUAUAAAAUACAGCAUAUUAGCUGGCAAUUCUGAUGGAAAGUUUAGAGUUGACAGUAGUUCAGGGCAGAUACACAUUUCUGCAAAAUUAGAUAGAGAAAACACUGAUACAUAUACUCUCACAUUAAGAGCAACCGACAGUCUUCCAGCAAAUUCAGAUGAGCGCUAUACAGAAACGACGGUAAUAGUUACAGUUACUGAUGUAAAUGAUAACAUUCCUGUGUUUAGUAGCGCUUCGUACACAGUGUCUGUAUUGGAGGGAGCCACUGUCGGUACAGUUAUAAAACAGGUUGCAGCAAGUGAUGAUGAUAUUGGCCUAAAUGCUCAGGUAUCUUUCUCAAUUAUCUCAGGAAACACUAACGGAGAUUUCUCAAUAGUAGGUGAUGAUAUUUUUAUUGCAAAUCAGUUGGAUCACGUAACAACUGGUCAAUACAAUUUACAAGUAACUGCAACAGAUGCCGGCACACCAUCGCUGUCAGCC